UGUUACACACCUUAUCCACCAGACAAUCUUAAACAAUACUGACACAGAUCCCCAGCACCGAGGGUUCUGAUAUGGUGACUGCAUUCGUAGUUACGUGAGCACCGAUACCAUCCAUUUCAUCGAUGCUCGAUGUCUGCGGAAGAUUCGCCAAACCAAGAGCCGGGACCGACCACUCCUCUGCUCAACCGGAGUACCCCGUCGUCAGCGCCUCGUUCAGGUAGAAAUUCAUUGCUUAAAAAUGCGACCUUGGAGACCUUCCGUAUCAUCAAGGUGGUUUGGUUUCAGAGCAUUGUGAACUGGUUUCUUUUUCUUGUCCCGGUGGCCCUGGUGGCUAGCACAAAUGACUGGGACACGUCCUCGGUUUUUGUUCUCAACUUUCUCGCUAUUCUAGCAUUGUCAUCAGUGUUGUCGUUUGCGACAGAUGAGUUAGCAAAGAGUACAGGCCAGACGCUGGGUGCCUUGGUAAAUGCGACGUUUGGCAACGCUCUAGAAAUGAUUGUCGGCAUUACAGCCGUAAGGCAAGGAGAGAUUCGAAUCGUGCAGUCGAGUAUGGUGGGGAGCAUUCUCUCUGGCAUUCUCUUGAUCCUGGGCUGUACCUUCUUUUUCGGCUGCUACAACAAAGAGGACCAAAAGUUCAAUGCAGAUGUGAUAGGCGUCAUGAUAUCACUGAUGGUCGUCUCCUGUGCUACGCUCAUAAUCCCUUCUGCAUUAGGGACAAUGACACCAUGGAAACGUCCGGAAUUGGAUGACAGUAUUCUAAGUCUGUCUCGCGCCACUGCUAUUGUCCUUAUUAUUUUCUAUCUUGUGUACCUCUACUUUCAGCUCAGAAGCCACGCCGACAUUUUUGAUGACAGUAACACCGAUCCCGACCAGACCCUGGACAAUGAAGUCCAGCUCAGUCUGUGGCCGUCGAGCAUAAUCCUACUUCUUGCUACGCUUGGUGUUACCUUUUGCUCCGAUGCUCUAGUUGACUCAGUUGACGGAAUCGUCGAAACAUGGCAUAUCAGUCGUGCUUUUAUCGGGCUCAUCAUCGUCCCUAUCGUCGGCAAUGCGGGCGAGUUUACAGCCGCCGUCAGCGCUGCAAGAGCCGGGAAAAUGGGUCUUGGAGUCAGUCUGAUUGUAAGCGCGACUCUUCAAAUUUCCCUGUUCGUCACGCCGUUUCUGGUCAUCUGUGGAUGGAUAAUAGGGAAGCCUAUGUCGCUCUAUUUUAACACAUUUGAGACUGUUGUGCUCUCUUUCUCCGUCAUUGUCGUGAAUUGUCUUGUCCGCGAAGGCCAGGCAAAUUAUCUAGAAGGCAUUUUGCUGAUGGGAACGUACGUUAUUGUAGGGAUAGCCUUUUAUGUGCAUCCUCAAGAUUCAGAAGUGCUGAUCGAGGGUAUCAGUGGAUAUCAAUAGAUAUUUUAAUUUAACUAAAACUAAUUACUUUUACUAUCUAGUCGAGAAAAGAAAGGCGCAAUUACUUAUCUGAUAUAUGGACUAUCAUAUUUGGUUCACAACAUAUUGUGUGAACCUAUAGAGAAAAACCGAUCCUCACGUACAAGUCCCUGAUUUCUUAACCAAUUGUGUUGAUAACGAAGAAAGUCACAAAACUUCCAUGUCAAUAUAUAUAAUU